CUCAGCCUACUGACCAACAUUGAACUUGGGGGGAUCAGACAGUAGACACUGCAAGCCGGUGUACUUUGUGCUGACAACCGCUCGUUUCCAGUCGUCAUGUCCAACAAUCACACCCACGCUGCACACCAAGACCGCAGCGAGCACUCACCCCUCCUCCCGACGUCUGGUAGCAGUCACGGCACGCGCGGAGUCGUCGCCGCCGAGGGCGAGAGCGGACGCCAUGGGUUCGACCCGCGCCAAUUCUUCGUCAUACUCUGGCGAAGCUCCUGCACCGCUUCCAAGCUGGUCAACCUGCUCUGGCCCUUUGUCCCCGUCGCGCUGCUGCUGCACAUCUCGUCGGGCCUCGAGUCAUGGAAGUUUGCUACCGCGUACGUCGCCGUGAUCCCGUCGGCGAACCUCCUCGGCUUCGCAGGCCAGGAGUUUGCGCGCAAAAUGCCCAAGGUCGCCGGCAUACUCAUCGAGACCACCUUUGGCUCCAUCAUCGAGAUCAUCCUGUUUGUCGUCCUCCUCGGCAAGCACCGACCAGAGACGCCGCCGGGUAACAACAACAACAACGGCGGCGGGGGCGGUGGGGGCGGUGACGAGGGCAACCUCAUACCCAUCAUACAGGCAGCCAUACUCGGCAGCAUCCUCACCAACCUGCUGCUCUGUCUCGGCCUGUGCUUCUUCUUCGGCGGCCUCCGCAACGCCAGCCAAAAGUUCCACGCCAUCGUCUCCGAGGUCGGCACCGGGCUCCUCCUCGUGGCUGCCUUUGGCCUGCUCAUCCCGAGCGCCUUCUACUCGGCCCUCAAAGCCGAAGUGGUAGGCGAGCUUCCGGGGUUCAGACGCCCGGACUGGACAUUCACCGACAGGAAGCUCCGGGAAGACGUGCUGCGCAUCAGCCAGGCGACGUCCAUUGCCUUGAUGGUGGCAUUCUUGCUGUACACGUGGUACCAGGCGAGCAGCCGGCACAGCAUCUUCGACGAGGUGAUUGAGCAGGACGAGCAUCGAGACACCGACAGGCACGAGGACAUGGCGAAGCCCAAGUUCACCAUGACCGAGGCGCUGCUGGCUAUUGCACUGUCGCUCGUGCUCGUCACGGUGCUGCUCGUCCUUCUCGUCGAGCAGAUCGAGCACGUUGUCGAGAGCGGCGUGCCCGAUCAGUUCCUCGGUCUCAUCCUGCUCCCGCUCGUGGAAAAGUCUGCGGAGCAUUUGACUGCCAUCGAUGAGGCCUGGGACGGAGUGAUCAACGUCGCGCUAUAUCAUUGCCUCGGGCCGUCCAUCCAAACAGCCCUGUUCAACGCGCCCUUGGUGGUGAUUGUCGGUUGGAUUAUCGGCAAGCCCAUGGAUCUCAACUUUGAGAUUUUCAUGGUGGCGCUCCUGGUUCUCUCGAUUCUCGUCGUGGGCAACUUUCUUCGCGAUGGUGAAUCGAACUGGCUUGAAGGCGCUCUACUAGUGAUUGUCUACGUCAUCAUCGCCAUCGCCUGUUGGUACUAUCCGAACCCGGACGUGGCAACUUCGAACAGCGCACAGGGGCUGCGGUUGGACAUGGAGUCACUGGGCCCUGAUGGCAUCCGGGAGUUGCGACGGCUGCUCUCUCAAGAGCUGUGA